UGUCGACGUGUCCGUGUCCGUGCAUCAUAAAAAAUAAUCUAAGGUAUAUUAAACAAAAGAUCUAAAAAGCUACAGUUGUCCUAGAUAAGCCAAUAAGAAGUGAGGUUCAAAAACUUCUUUAAGUUGGGUUUAUUAAAGAAGUUCAAUAUAUUGAUUGGAUCUUGAAUAUGGUGAUGGUCGAAUGACAAAUGGAGAAUGUAUGUAGAUUUCAUUAUUUUAAACUUAACAUGUAUGAAGGAUGUACACCCCCUUCCUAAGAUUGAUGUGCUAGUCAACUUGGUAGUUUGUUUCUCUGAGCAUUCUUGAUACUUUUUUUGGCUGUAACUGGAUUAAAAUGCAUCCGGUCAAUUGGGAGAUGAAAACUUCCAUCUUUGUGGAUGAAUUAUAUUGUUAUGAAGUGAUAUCUUUCGGCAUAAGGCAUGUAGGGGUUACUUAUAAAAAGGGAUGUACUAUAAUGUUUAAGCAUCAUAAAGGAAGAAACAUCAAAGUCUAUGUGGACGAUUUGCUAGCAAAAAGCAAAACCUCGGAAUAACAUAUUAUGGAUUUGAAGGAGGCAAUCACAUCAUCGAUGAAGUUCAAUAUGCACCUCAAUCUAUCAAAGUAUAUAUUUUGGAGCUGGGUUCGAUGUAUUCUUAAGUUUCUUGUUCAGCCCUAAGGGGGCAAAAAUAAAUACAAACAAGAUAAGAACAAGUUUGGAAUGCCCUCCCCAAAAACAACUAAGGAGCUACAAAAGCUAACCGAGUAAAUUGUUGGGUUUAGUUGCUUCUUUUAGAAUUGGGAGAAAAGUGCAAAACAUUGUUCAAAAUUCCUAAAAUGCAAGUCAUUUUACAUGGAAUGAAGAAUGUGAAGAUGUUUUCCAAUAGUUCAACUUGUUCCUCUCAUAGUUGUCAUUGUCACAAAAUCUGUAGUUGGGGAGUAAUUUCUUUUAUAUCUUAGAGUAGGACAGGCUGUCAGCUCCCUAUUGUUUAGAGAGGGCUCUAAAAAAUAGUGACCUGUCAACUACGGAGCAUGAUCCUUUGAGGGAUUGAAUUGAGGUGUUCAAUGAUAAAAAUUUUAUUUUGGGCAGUAAUUGUCACUGCUUGACUACAGAUCGAAUUUUUAACACAGUCGAUUCAAAUUUUCGUCAUGAGAAGAAUCAUGGGCACAUAUGUUGUGAAGAUCAACUUCCAAAUCAACAACUAGGCUCAAUAUGAGGCACUAAUUUGUCAGAUUGGACUUUUUGUUGUAGGAGUUGGGGCUAAACAUCUAAUAUUUUUCUCAGACUCAACUCAUGGCGAGCUAAGUGAAUGUGCAAUUCGAAGUCAGGGAAGAUACCUUAUAGAGAUAUCUCUUUAUGGAAAAUGAAGAAACUGUUAAGUUUGAAUACUUAAACAUUGAACAAAUCCUAAGAAAGAAAAAUCAGCUCGCGGACUUGCUCUUAAAAAUUGAAGAUCUUGAUAGGAGACCAGCCUUGGAGUUGUCUCAUUCCAGCAUUGAAGAAGCAAAGGUUAGAAAUUUAAAAAAGAGAUCUUGUUGAAUUGGGUUGAUAAAACUUUAGAAUAUUUGAAGUCUUCGAAUAAAAACCGCCUAAUACCUACUCAUGAUGGUGAGUAGAUAGAAAGUCGGUCACCUCCACCAAUUUGAAAUGUAUGAAAGAGAUCAAAGUUGGCAAAAUUCUUGAAGAAAUUGAUUCAGGAGAAUGUGAGGGAGCCAUUUAAGAGGAAUAACGAUGGCACAUUAAAUCAACAAGGAUAUUUUUUGCUCAGAUUAGGGAAUGAUGUAGAAGAAAUCUUCAAAUAAAUCUGUGCAAUGUUAGAAAUUUACACCAAUGCAACUUCAACUUUCAGACAAGCUACAGCCAAUCUCUAGCCCAUGGCUAUCCCUACCUAGGGGAUGGAUUUGAUUUGUCUUUUUCAUCUAGUAAGUGUUCAGAGAAAGUUUAUUUUGAUGAUUGAUCAUUUCACAAAUUCUUAUUAAAGAAAGCACUGACAAAGGCAACAUCCGAAGUCAUUUGCAACAUCAUUUGGACCAACAAAAUUUUCUAAUAUGAGCUUCAUUGGUGAUAAUCCCUGACAAUGAACCACACUUUCUAGACAAGAAAAUCAAAGUCUUUUGUUAGAUUGAAGGAUUGCCAUUUGUUCUGUAGGCUUUAUGAGCAACACCUUCGUCAGCAAUUAACCAAACUCCUUUUGAAAUAUCACACAAGAUAGAACCCUACUCCUAGUCGAAUAUGAAUUACACAACAAGUUGUAGAGGACUCAAAUUUUGAAGAGGGAGAAUUGGAUGACUAGAGGGAUAAAAAUAAAAAAAGGGAUGAAAACUAUCUUGAAUCUUUUGUUGAAACUUAGAAUUUAGGCCUUAUGAGACAAGAAAAGGUUAAAUGGAUGGUGACAAAGUAUUACAAUUCAAAUGUUUGGGAGAAGAAAUUCAAUUUUGGGGAUUAGGUUUUGAGAAAAGUAGAUGCCACAACUCGACAAACAGUACUUGGGAUGUUAUGUUAUAUCUGGGAAGGACCUUACAUUAUUAAGAAGCAAGUCGGUCCAUGAGCAUAUUGGCUAUAAACAUAUAUAGGGAAGGAAGUCCCAAGAAUUAGGUGUGGAGAUGAUUUAAAAUUUUUUUCCCAUAACAUAAAAGUUUUUUCAUCGUCUUUGUAAAUAAUUAGAGCUUAUCUAUCGAUUCAUUUUCUCCACAAAAAAUAAAACUUUUUGCAUCAUUGAACUUACAAGUUUAACAAAGGAGAUUUGAAGAACUCGUCGGUUAAUUCAAAUCCAUUUUGUUCCGAGCUAAAUUGAUGAGCUUGGUGAACUAAGCCCUUUGUGAAACUCGAGGAACUAAACUCUCUAGGUGAUUUUGACAAGUAAAAGGGGAUAGGGGAAAUAUGUGAAGAUGUUAAUUGGAUCUAAGCUUGGAAUUUUAAUUUGAAUUCGCCCAACUUUAAACUUGAAGAGAGGUUUAUAACAACUAUAGAGAAACUUUUGCCUAUGUAAGAACUUAACAAGCCAAAGAUAAAACGUAGAAUAACUUAACUUUGGGAUUAGAAUGAUCUUGGAUUAGGGUCAAGUUUAAAGGCUUCGAGGGCAUUUAUUGCAUGGGAGUUAAUGCCCCCUAAUAAAUGGACAAUCUGUGCUUAACUAAGUUGCCUUUUCUCUUAAACAAUAGUCUUAAGGAAAACAUAUAUCUAAUGAACUUAAAAGCAAAUGUUCUAUAAUUCCCUUAGAAUAUUCAUUAUAACAAAAUUUUGAAUUUGCAUAACUUAAUAUCUACAUUUAAAUUCUUAUUUACUAUUUACUCUGAGGGAACAUUUUAAAAUUGCCAAAAACCAGCCUUACGAAUUUAACAAAGUUCAAGCAUUGCAUCUCAAUGUCUUAUAUAACUCUAAAACAAAAAGUCUAGCCAUAGAAUUUGGACUCCCCUUUUGCGAUAAAAUCCGUAUUGAGUAGAGAACCCAUCCUUUAUGUUAGGCGAGGUUAGAUGUUAUUCACAUAAAGAUCAAAGGUUUGGCGAAAAGUGAGGCUCAUUCAAGAAGAUGACUUAUUAGAGGUAUACAAGUCUUUUCUUAUAUGAUUUGGAUUCCAUGAAUGCUUCAGAGACCUUGGCAUUGGUCAUUGCACACUGCACCUGGCCUUUUUAAGUAUUAAGCUGCUCAAUAAGUUGCUUUAUAUUAUCACUUGUUACUUGUAGCUGAUAUUUUUAUGAUGCAGCAUUCAUCAUUUGAAGGGAAGUCUCUUUUAUCAAAUAAAUCGACCUUCAAAUCCUCGAUGAUUUGUAAUGAAGUUUCAUUUUCAUUCUUCAGAGUUUUUUUUUUUACUUAUCAACUUUUGAUUCUAUUUUUUUUUGUUGGAUUUCUUGUGGGAUCAUUAGAUAAUCUCUCGUAACCUUGAGCCAUCAAAAAGUUUUCUUGCGAACUCAUUGUAUUAAAUUUCAUUGCCACCAAGUGAAUCUUUGUUGACGCACAUCAUAAAGUUAAUUUCUUUGAGAAGAUUGGUGGGUUCAGAUUAGAGACUAUUAGGGAGACUUCCUCCUCAGGGAGUGCUCGGUCAAAAUUAAAAUGAUUGUGGGAGUAUCGCACUUUGCAUCCCACUUGAAGACACUCUUCUUCUCAGCAUUGUGAACAGAGGCUCUAAACUCAUUCGAUGGAUGAGCGACUUUAAAAGAAACCGGCUUUCUUUGCUCGGUAGUGUUACUCACAAUUAUCUUUUGCCUAAUCUCCUUUUCCCUUCUCUUGGUCAAAUCCUCAUUUGCCUUCUUCUAAAGAGUUGGCUUCACAUUCUCAGAAGGUCUAGCUAUAGGAGGGCGGAUUGGUGGGAGAUCGGUGGUAGUAGGGGUGAAGGACUUGAAUUUAUGGGGUUGUAGUUAUUGGAGGCUUGGAGCAUAAGUACAAUUUGGAGGAUCAACAAAAGGAACUGAUAAACUUGUUGUAACAUGAGCGACAAAAGAUGGAGAAGAAACAAACUCUAUGGGAAACUUCGCUUAUGUUGAGAAAUUGAGAUAGCCUGGCUAGAGUGGACUAUAAAAGUUUAGAAUAUCCACCGUCUCUGGCCAUAUGGCAAGUCACAAACCUAAUUGAAACUGGUCUCUUUAAAGCACAACUUAUCACCAAGCAAUGUAUUUGGGAACUCGCCUUAAGAAAUCAAACAGGGAAAUUCAUUUCAGUGAAACAAUAACCCAUGUGCAUAAUCUUUGUGUGGAAGGGCUUAAUCGCUGAAGUGUGGGCUUAUGCAGAUUCCUUGAAGGCCCAAGGGCUUUUCUUCUAAGCGGCAACCAACUAUCCAAAGUGAAUACAAAGACGGUCUUACAAAAUGCAGAGGUUCAGAGUAGAGAAACAAGAGAGAAACUUGUAGAGCAAAUGAAAGCUUAAAAGGUUCUCAAGGCCUCAGAGAUUAUUUGUAAGGGCGGGAGUGAUGUUUUUUGGGAAAUGUCAUAUCAAUUAUAUAUUUUAAUAUUAAAUUCAAAUAAAAAAAUUUAUUUCUCAUCAUUGUAGGACAUAAAAAGUAGUAAUAAAUUUAGAUAUUUUUUUUAUUUUUAAUUAAAGUGACUUUUAAAAUAAAUUGUAAUCAAAACCAAAUGACAUGCAGAAGCUGGUAUAUAAACAACAAAACAAGAGAUUUCAACAGAGUUCCUAUAUAAAAAUACCUAUUAUAUAGGAGCAAGAAAAUUCCUUAUGUCAUUCAAAGUUCUCUUACUAUUCAGCACUAAAGGAAAAUGUAAAAGCAGUAUCAUUUAUUACAUUGCGCCCUCACAAAGAAAAUUCCUUAUGACAUUCAAAGUUAUCAAGAGCAAAUUCCUUAAAAUUCACCGCCAAAUAAAAAUUUAAAAGCAAUAUCAAACAUUACAUAUGCAAAAGUGGCUGGCCUUCUAAAAAGAAGAGAGAGAAAGUCAUGGUGCAAAUGGAAGCGGAAAAGGUUCUCAAUUGCCUCAAAGAUUAUUUGUAAGGGAGAGAGCGUGAAGUUUUCAAGAAAUCAAUGCUAUUUUUUUAAUAUUAAAUAUCAAAUAAAAGAACUUUUCUCAUCAUUGCAAUGGAUAAAAAAUAGUAAUAAAUUUAGAUAUUUUUAAUUUUGAAUUGAAAUGACUUGAAAAAAAAUAGUAAUCAAAACCAAAUGACAUGCUGAAGUUGGCAUACUAACAACAAUUCAAAAUAUUUUUAAAAAUCCUCUUGACAGCGCUUUGUGUUUUUAAAAGCAAAUAUCAUUGCUAACGGCAGGCAUUGCGACCGCUGGCGACUGUUGCAGAUUGUUGCUAUUUUUGAUUGCUGCCACCACUGUCAUUGCACCACUGACAACUAUCGCCAUCAAUGCAUAAAUAAACAAAAAUAAUAUAGUUUUAUGUUACCAAAUAUGCUUUAUUUCAUGUUAAAUUAAAAAACAAAGGUGAUCCUAAACGCCCUCUUAAGUAAUAGAUUUCUUCACAUCCUUGUGUUUAUGAGGUGCUCUUAGCACAUUUGACAUGAUUCGGCUGUUUAAAUUGUACUUGCAGUACUAUGAUGAGAGGGCAAUUUUCAGAUUUGAAUUCUGAUCAGAAAACGGAGAGGAUUGUAUUCAUGCAAGCUUGAAAAAUACAUCUCAUGCCUCCUUAUGGAACACCACCUCCCUAUGUCAUGUAUCCACAUGGAGGAAUAUAUGCGCAUCCUCCGAUGGCUCCUGGUUCACUCCCAUUUAGUCCUUAUGCAAUGGCUUCUCCUAAUGGAAAUGCGGAAGCUUCUGGUGCUUUUCCUGGUAGUGAAGCUGAGGGAAAGUCUUCUGAAGGUAAGGAGAAAAGCCCAAUCAAGAGAUCAAAAGGAAGUCUUGGUAGUUUGAACUUGAUUACUGGAAAGAACAGUGAACUUGGAAAAAAUUCAGCAGCAUCAGGCAAUGGGGCAUACUCACAAAGUGGGGAUAGUGGAAGUGAAGCCUCAAGUGAAGGAAGUGAUGCCAAUUCCCAAAAUGAUUCUCCACAAAAGACUGGUGAUGCUCAAAAUUCUUCUGAUGCCAUAACACAUCAGAAUGGUAACUAUGCUCAUGGCACCACAGCUCAUGGUUUGCAAAAUGGAACUGCUCGUGGAUCUGCUCAAUCAAUGGUUGGUCAGACAAUGGCAAUUGUGCCUAUGCCAACAGGAACUGUUACUGGUCCGACUACAAACUUGAACAUAGGGAUGGACUUCUGGGGUGCAACAAACCCAUCAACCAUCCCUCCUAUUCAUGGUAAGGUCCCUGCAACUGCAGUUGCAACGCCCAUGAUUCCUGGUGCAACAUCAGAAUUAUGGAUGCAGGAUGAAAGAGAGCUUAAGAGGCAGAAAAGAAAGCAAUCCAACAGGGAAUCAGCACGACGAUCAAGGCUCCGUAAACAGGCGGAGUGUGAGGAACUGGCUCACCGGGUUGAAGUUUUGAAAGAGGAAAAUGCUUCUCUUAGAGCGGAGGUCAACAGGAUCAAGAAGGAGCAUGAACAACUUAUUUUGCAGAACGCAUCUCUCAAGGAAAGACUUGGGGAAAUUCCUAAGGGAACCAAAGAACUAAGUCAUGAAAAUCCUGCAGAGGAUUAUCUUGAGCAGAAUCUAGAUUCUGAUGGUAAAGGAAGAGAAGCAGAUGCUGGGCGGAAAUAAUGAUGUCCUUUCCUGAUACAGAAUUCUACUUUGAAAAGAAACUUGUUUCCCGGACCAGAAACCUGACAUAAUUAUUCUUAGUGAACCUGCAUUAUAAGUGUGUUGUAAAUGCAGAUUAUGAUUGAUUAAACUUGAUUGUUCUUAGUUAGUUGAAGUCAUGGUUCUGACCUUUCUGAGACUGGACCUGACUGAUCUUUUAACUGUCAGGUCCAAGCAUGACAUGAACCAACUUCCAUCCUUAUCUUUAAGCCCUUUUGUCAUUCGAAUUUUAUCUGUUAAUUAUGUAGGUCAUAAAACAUUGAUGUGGUCCUGUACUCCUCUUUUUUCUAGUGGGAGGAUGUAAUCUAUACUAAUCUGACAUUACUUAUGUCACUGCUAUGUGUUACAGAAAUUUCAUCUGUUCCUAAAUGUGUUAAAAAUUCACGCGUGUUUUAUUCA